GAUGGGGCAGGGGUGGAGGAGGGAGAAACCCCAGAAGACCCAGUCCUGGCCAGGCGUGGGGCAGGAGGAGAGGGGCACAGGGCCACUUAGACACCCAGACAAGCUUCCUGGAAGGAUUCUGAUUUCAGAGCAAGUGCGAAGGCCUAAGACAGCUUACCAAGGAAAGGAAUUCUCUCCCUGUUCCAUGUCCUGCUCAACCAUAUCUCUCAUGAAGCCACUCCUGCUGCCAUUCCAGAUUUUAGUUCCUUCUCCGAUGAAGCUCUUCUUGGCACUCACCGUCAGUACUAAUCGUACAAAAUUGGGACACCGGAUGCCACCUCGUGGACCGAUGACACCACCCACUGGACGCUGGACCUCCCCCUCAUGGCUACUGCUGCCCUGCUGCCCCCAGGAGUUGCUGAGACAACCAGACAGGGCUGUCCAUGAUGCCCUCUUCUUUGCUUCGCUGACACCUGACCCUGUGUCUAGGGCACGAGCAUCUGCCUCACUGAGCCCAAGCCACGCACACUUGGUCUGUUGCAAGAGAUGCUGUGAAAAGGGGAUCCUGGCUGUUUCUGCUUCCAUGAUGGAAAGGCCUGGAUUCCCCAAGCAUCGAAAGAGAGGGAGGCAGACAUGUGAAUGUCCUCCAGACAGCACUCUGGUGGGAUGGGGUGUGGGAGAGUGAGGGUCACACCUUAACUGGGGUCUGCCCAGGCAGACCCAGGCUCUGGACAUGUUGAGAGGUCUUCCAGAGGAGGGGAGUAAAGCCUGGUCUGACAACAGCCAAAUCCCCCUACUGACCCCAGGGUGGGAACAUCAUAAUAGACUGGAAGGGUGACACACAUCUCAGGCACCUGCCACUUGCCACAUACACCCCCAGCCCACUGGCAUUCUUUCACCCAGGGAUACAGAGUCCCUGUCCCUAGAUCAGCUGUCUCGGUUCUCAGUUUGGAGACUGUCCAUAGACUCACUGAGCACAGCUUCUGCCCAGCCUGGCUGGUGCAUCUUUUUCUCUCACUGUCAGGGGAGGAGCCCAUCCUGACACUCUCAUUGGGCUGUGGGUUCACCUCCCUUGGGCUGGGCUCAAAGCCCAGCCAUUCCCAUAACUACACCUGGCUUUCUUUCUAAGUAGCCUGCUCCGAGCUCCAGGAUCCAGGGAAGCCCAGAACCUUCCAGACAGCCACUAUGAGCACAAUGGUGCCUGUCCUGCUGCCUCUGCUGCUCCUUCUGGGUCCUGCCGUCUCCCAGGAGACUCACACUGGGCCUUACUCUCUGAGCUUCCUCUACACUGGGCUGUCCAAGCCCGCUAAGGGUUUCCCCAGGUUUCAGGCCAUCGCCUACCUCAAUGACCAGGCCUUCUUCCGCUACGACAGUGAGGGCAGGAAGGCUGAGCCCUUGGGCCCGUGGAGCCAGGUGGAAGGGAUGGAGGACUGGGAGAAGGAGAGUGAACUUCAGAAGGCCAGGGAGGACAUCUUCAUGGUGACCCUGGAAGACAUCAUGGACUAUUACAAGGACAGAGAAGGUCAGUGGACGACGGACUGCUGGGGUGGAGGGUCUCAGCUCAAGAGGCAGCCCUGCAAUUGGUCUCACACCUUUCAGGGACUGUUUGGUUGUGAGCUCCGGAAUAACCAAAGCAGCGGAGCCUUCUGGAGGUACGCCUACGAUGGACGGGACUUCAUCGAAUUCAACAAAGAAAUCCCAGCCUGGGUCGCCCUGGACCCAGCAGCUCGGGACACCAAGCAGAAGUGGGAGGCAGAAGAAGUCUAUGUGCAGCGGGCCAAGGCCUACCUGGAGGAGGAGUGCCCGGGGAUGCUGCGGAGGUACCUGCAAGACGGCAGGAUCUACCUGGACCGACAAGAUCCUCCCUCUGUGUCAGUCACCAGCCACGUGGCCCCAGGAAAAGAGAGGACACUCAAGUGCCUGGCCUAUGACUUCUACCCACGAAGAAUUGGUCUGCACUGGACCCGGGCCAGCGAUGCGCAGGAGACUGAGUCAGGGGGAGACAUUCUUCCCAGUGGAAAUGGCACUUACCUGUCCUGGGUGGUGGUGGGAGUCCCCCCUCAGGACAGAGCCCCCUACUCCUGCCACGUGGAGCACAGUAGCCUGGCUCAGCCCCUCUCUGUGCUGUGGGAUGAGAGGCAGGAAGCAGAGGUUAAAGGUGGCUUGGGGACUCGAGCCCAGUAGUUAGCCUUUCUGCAGGACACGAGAGAUCUGAACUCUAACAAUCACUGUCAGCGUCAUCAGCGGGGCCCAGGGAACAGUUCCAGACGACAGGUGGUGGAUCUGGAGACGGAAGACUUGAAUGCCGGGCACGGAGCUGAUUCACCGCCAAACCGCCCAGCAAAACCCCAUCAUCGAAUCUGUAGGAUCAGAUCAGUAAUAAUCGUCUGGCCCAGCACCCAGGAUAGAAAUGUAUCUGUAAACCAUGAAAUGCUGUAGAAGUGUGAAUAGAUUUUAUCCUUUGUCCCGUC